GAGGCAAUGCAAGUCCCCGUUAAAACUUCACGUUGACACAUCAACUGCAUGCAUCAGAUCCACUCUCCCAGCAACCACCAUUUUUGAUGCCUGCCGCAUCACCCCGCUCGAGGGUUAGCACGGAUUUAAAAACAGACACGAUGGCGAAGACACAAAAAGGGUUCUUUUCGAGCCUCUUUUCCCGCUCAUUCAAGGGGUCUGCUAAAUCUGCGGUACAACGACCCAGUGCAGCAGAGGCACUCUCGCAUACUCCAAAGGAGCCACUGGCUCCUGUGCACAAUCUAUCGCGGCAACGAUCCGCUCCACAGGACUUGACGCCGCAUCUUCGUCACAACGAAGUUAGCGUUAUUCCUGACAUCCCUCGAUUCAAGUCAAUCAAAGAUAAUCUGCAUGAACUUGGGCUCACGACUCCUGUUGUCCUUACGCAACCUCAAGUCGCGGGCAGUGAAACAGUGCUGUCUCAGUUAGACAGGACAUCUCCUCGGGCGGACAUGUUCUUCCAACGCUCGCUAUCGCGGAAGACGAGCCGCACCUCUUCUCAGUCAAGGCCUGGGUCGUCUCGAGGGAAUGCACUCGUGGCAUCAGAUCACGCUAUUAAUAUUGAACUACCAGUCCUGGAUAUCACCUCUGCCGACAUACAGUUUGCAUCACCUCCCUCAGCAACAAGUUGUCUGAGCAGCGGUCAGGCUAGUCAGGUGGCUCUGGCGGACAAGAUUGCGAUUCCCUCGUCUACGGCUCCUGAUACAGUCCCGUCAUCCGUCCAGAAUCACAGUAACCCUUCCAAUAGAGAGCCACCUGUCCCAUCGUCCCCAUCAGUAGCAAGUCGCCCUUCGUCUUCACACUCAAAACACAGUCGCAUUACUUCCUCUACUCCUUCAGGAAGGCCUCGGACGGCGCCCGGCGGCUCUCAGGCUAGCGAGCUGAGCGGGCGUACUUCUGUUGUCUCCAUGCGCCCUCAGCGUCAUGUUAUCGGAGAGCCAAUUUCCUUGUUUCCGGUAAACGAGGGAUUCUUUGGUCGUCCCAAAUUACCCCCUCCACUCAAGGUCAUUCCGAAGAAAGUCAAAAAGCACCAACGAACACAAACCGUAGCUGCCUCACCAACAACCACGGCUCAUGAACGCCCUCUUACGCGAGCCUUAUCCACACGCUCCCAUACAACACAUCAUCGGCGAGCGCCGGCGAACGAGCCGAUGGGAUUGUUCCCUAUACCCAACAGUUUGACUUCCUCCGGCAGAUCUGUGACCCUCACUCGGAAUCCAUCCGUUCUCUCACCUGGCAGCAGAUCUGCGGGCCCCGGUCUACCUUCGCUCCCGUCAGAAAGAGGACCAGAACUACCGUCGCCGUCACCCACUCGCGCACAAGCGCAAGCGCAAGCGCCCAAUGAGCGCUCUUUAUCACGAAUCAACACGCAAACGUCAGUCACUUCACAUCAGACCCAGAUAUCCACUACCUCAGCCUCUGAGUCACCCCCCGCGAAAUGGACGUGGACUCCUCCCCAAAGUUGGUCGGGCCCUUCCUCGGCUGUUUCCUCAGCUGAAAGCGGGGAUCACAAUAGCAAGAAGGCGGCGAUCUCUACGAUGGUUCGCUUACGUAGACCAAAGAGUUCAUCUCGGUCGGUCUCCUCGGUACCCAAGAAUAUCUACUCACACCCAAACACGUCAUCCCCGACCCUCUCCCCGUCCGCCACAACAAAACUUGGCAAGGGGCCUGUGCCUCCCAUAGCACAAGAUAAGAGAGUCAGCCCCGGUGUAAUCGUCAAAAUGCAGGGACACGAAGGUGACUGGGAGGAAGCCGCGGUCCAGGAUGUCAUUCCUCGCCUGAGGGAAAUGAAGAGUUCAAAUUAGGAGAAUACUCUGGGUCGAAGCAAGAUCGAAUAACAUUAUGCCCCGCAUGAUAGGUAUGCCAAGAUGAUCAACAUUGUAUUAAUACUGCCAUGUUCCAUACCCCCCGCAUUGAUUACUUAGUUUACACUUUGUUUUUACCAUCGACGCACACCGAUAUGAUGAAGAGACGACUAGAGACGACCGAACGU